UUCGCGCAUCACCGCUGUCUGAGGCCGGUGUGUCCGCUGCUUCUCCCCGGGGAUAAGCUUCUCCUCCGACUGCGCACCCGGACCCUCCCGCUGCUCUGACCCGGGCCCGGCGCUGCGUCAUGGGUUAGAGACACCACCGUCUCCCCGGCCUUCUCUGGAUCUGUGUGACCGAAAACAGCGCACCAAAAUGGGCUUCCUGCACCAGCUGCACCUGCUCCUCUGGAAGAACAUGACACUGAAGCGCAGAGGACCGUGGGUUUUGGCGUUUGAGAUCUUCAUCCCUCUGGUUCUGUUCUUCAUCCUCCUCGGACUCAGGCAGAAGAAACCCGCGCUCCCCGUCAAAGAAGCGUUCUACAGCGCCGCCCCUCUGACCACCGCUGGGAUCAUCCCUGUGAUGCAGUCGCUCUGCCCCGACGGCCAGAGGGACGAGUUCGGCUUCCUACAGUACAACAACUCCACGGUGACACAGUUGUUGGAGAGGAUUCAGGAGGUGGUCGAGCAGAAUCGGAUCUUCUCCUCUGAUGGACCGGUUUUGGGUUCUGAGCUAGAGAACCUUCAGAAACGUCUGCAGAACCUUAGCUCCGCCCCUUUCCCUGAAGACCCCACCCUCAACCACAGCACAGGCUUCUCGUUGUCUGAGGUGCUCAGAGACCCGCCUUCAUUUCACAGCUUCCUCGUCUCAAACUUGUCUCUGAGCCAAUCAGCCGCCACGUUCCUCCUGGACACGCCCCUCAGCUCUGCACAGGUUCACCGUCUGAUUUUCGGCGGGUCGCAGAGAGAUGACAUCAUCAGAAGACAGAGAGGAACGCCCCCGACCUCCGGGGCAAAGAUACACCACCUACAGGAGGCGCUGUUGGGUGGAGUGCGUGCUCUGGAGGGGGGGCUCUUGGACCAGGCUCUUCUUGACCCCAGUACCAUGGCCCAAAGACCGGCUCUGACCCGGAUUAUGUCCAGAGUCCUGGGUCUGACUGAACCCAAGGACCAAGACCAGAAAGAACUCAAAGAGGUUCAGGGCGUCCUUCUGACCGGCUCCACACUGCAGUCCCUCACCUGUGCAGACGAUGGCGCUGCUCUGGCUCGGCUCCUAUUGGCUCCUGAGGCAGAGGGGGCGGGGCUUCAGGCGUAUCGGGAGUCACUGUGCGGUGGGGUCAAAGGUGAAAGGUCACAGAGGUUUGAACAGCUGAGCGCAGAGCUGCAGGAGCAAAUCGAUGACGACAAACUCAACCACAUGUUGCCCCUGGGGCCUCCUCCAGGCUCCACACUGUCCCCCUCUGGUCUCAGAGUGUUACUGCGGGACCUGGUGGAUGUAGAGCGCCUCCUACAGGACGUGGACCUUCUGUCAGGUCUAGCACGGCUGCUGCCCAAAGGAGCCUGUGCCAAACGGUCUAAUCGGACUUCCCCCUCCCCGACUGCCUCCUCUGGGCCCCUGAACUUCACCACAGGGGGCGCUAACAGCACAGAGGGGGGAGAGGAGGGGCACGGGGGGGCAGCAGGGAGUAGAACCGACAACCCUCACUCCCAGUUUUCCGCCUUCGUUCAGUUGUGGGCCGGACUGCAGCCCAUCCUGUGUGGGAACAACAGGAGGAUCGAGCCCGAGGCGCUGAGGCAGGGGAACAUGAGCUCUCUGGGCUUCACGUCCAAAGAACAGCGGAACCUGGCUCUGCUGGUGCACCUCAUGACCACCAACCCCAAGAUCCUCUACUCCCCCAUGGGCUCACAGGCUGACAAGGUCAUCCAGAAGGCUAAUGAGACCUUCGCGUUUGUGGGGAAUCUGACUCAUUUCACUCGUUUGUGGUUAAACGUCUCAGCCCGGCUCCGGAAUCUUCUGCAGGAGGACGCUCUGCAGCGCCACCUGCUGUGGCUCCAGCAGCUGUCGUCGGAGCUGCAGAGACGUCCCGGUCUCUUGGACUCAGACUUGGACCUUGAGGUUCUGACCAAAGGGAACUAUUCUGUCCCAAAUCGCUCCAGUCUUCUGCAGCAACUGGAUGCCAUCGACAACGCCGCCUGUCAGUGGAACCGCUUCAUGGACAAGGUGAGCGUGGACGUGUUUAAAGGCUUCCCCGACGAGGACAGCAUCGUGAACUACACCUUAAACCAGGCCUACCACGACAACGUCUCUGUGUUUGCCAGUGUAAUAUUUCAGGUUGACAGCCGGGGGGCACUGCCUCCUCACGUCCGGUAUAAGAUCCGUCAGAACUCCAGUUUCACAGAGAAGACCAACGAAAUCAGGAGAGCGUACUGGAGACCAGGGCCCAACUCCGGAGGGAAAUUCUACUUCCUGUACGGCUUCGUCUGGAUCCAAGACAUGAUCGAGAGGGCCAUCAUCAACACGUUUGUGGGACAUGACGUGGUGGAGCCCGGGAACUACGUCCAGAUGUUCCCCUAUCCCUGCUACACCAGAGACGAUUUCCUGUUUGUGAUCGAGCACAUGAUGCCUCUGUGUAUGGUGAUCUCGUGGGUUUACUCUGUGGCCAUGAUGAUCCAGCACAUCGUCGCCGAGAAGGAGCAUCGACUCAAAGAGGUGAUGAAGACGAUGGGGCUGAAUAAUGCCGUGCACUGGGUGGCCUGGUUCAUCACUGGAUUUGUGCAGCUCUCCGUGUCUGUCACCGCGCUCACCGCCAUCUUGAAAUACGGCCGCGUCCUGCUCCACAGCGACCCCCUCAUCAUCUGGCUCUUCCUCUCCAUUUACGCCACCGCAACCAUCAUGUUCUGCUUCCUGGUCUCGGUGCUUUAUUCCAAAGCUAAGCUGGCGUCGGCCUGCGGGGGCAUCAUCUACUUCCUGAGCUACGUGCCCUACAUGUACAUCGCCAUCAGAGAAGAAGUGGCCCACGACAAGAUCACGGCCUUCGAGAAGUGCAUCGCCUCCCUGAUGUCCACCACUGCCUUCGGCCUUGGGUCAAAGUACUUUGCGCUGUACGAGGUUGCGGGCGUGGGGAUCCAGUGGAGAACCAUCUGCCAGUCUCCAGUAGAGGGUGACGACUUCCACCUGGGGCUGUCCAUGAUGAUGCUGGUGCUGGACGCGGCGCUGUACGGCGUGCUCUGCUGGUACAUCGAGGCGGUGCACCCAGGUAUGUACGGCCUCCCACGGCCUUGGUACUUCCCCCUGCAGAGGUCCUACUGGACAGGCAGCGGCCGUGUGGACUCCUGGGAGUGCUGCGGAGGAGGCGCCACCCACCUGAGCAUCAUGGAGGAAGACCAAGCCUGUGCCAUGGACCAGCGCAGAUCAGAGGAGCUGCGUGGUUUGGAGGAGGAGCCUGUUCAUCUCCCUCUUGUCGUUUGCAUCGAUAAACUCACCAAAGUAUAUAAAAACGACGGAAAAAUGGCGCUGAACCAACUGAGCCUGAACCUACACGAGGACCAGGUUGUGUCCUUCCUGGGCCAUAACGGGGCCGGCAAGACCACCACCAUGUCGAUCCUCACGGGUCUGUUCCCACCCACCUCCGGCUCGGCGACCAUUUAUGGGCACGACAUCCGCACAGAGAUGGACCGGAUUCGUCAGAACCUCGGAAUCUGUCCUCAGCACAACGUCCUGUUUGACCGGCUCAGCGUGCAUGAGCAUCUAUGGCUCUACUCCAGGCUCAAGGGCGUGCACGAGGACCUCAUCCGCAAGGAGACCGACAAGAUGAUCGUAGAUUUGGGCCUGUCUCACAAGCGUCACAGCCUGGUGCAGACUCUCUCAGGGGGGAUGAAGAGGAAGCUGUCUGUGGCCAUUGCGUUUGUGGGCGGCUCCAGAGCCGUGAUCCUGGACGAGCCCACGGCCGGAGUGGACCCCUAUGCCAGGAGGGCCAUCUGGGACCUCAUCCUCAAGUACAAGCAGGGCCGGACUAUCCUUCUCUCCACUCAUCACAUGGAUGAGGCAGAUCUUCUUGGAGACAGAAUUGCCAUCAUCUCUCAUGGGCGUCUGCAGUGCUGCGGGUCACCGCUGUUCCUCAAGAGCACCUACGGAGACGGAUACAAGCUCACGCUGGUCAAGAGGCAGAGCGACACGGGGGAGACAGGUUCGGGUCAGCCCCCUCCCUCCCCCACGGCCCCUCCCUCUCUCUUAGCCCCUCCCUCCCCUUUGUCCCCGCCUUCUCUCUGCUCAGAGCCCAGAGUCUCUCAGUUUGUGCGUCAGUUCGUCCCGUCCUGUCUCCUCGUGUCCGACUCCAACACGGAGCUGUCCUACAUCCUGCCGUCGGAUGCCGCAAGGAAAGGCGGCUUUGAGCGCCUCUUUCAGGCUCUGGAGAGCAGUCUUCACAGCUUGGCUCUCACAAGCUUUGGUCUGAUGGACACCACACUGGAAGAGGUCUUCCUGAAGGUGUCUGAGGAGGACCUGUCUGUGGAGGACAGCGAUAUGGAUGUGAAGGGCUCCCCCUGCAGGUCGCCUCCGGGCUCUGCAGCCACUGGCCCCUCAGAGCGCCCCCCGGUGGAGGAGAGCCAGGAACUGCAGAGCCCCGGGCCCAGCCGCGGCCGGGCGUCUGUGGGGUCAGCGAGUUCGGCGGGGUCGGCAGGCUCUGUGGGGUCUGUUCGGGGUGAUGAGGGCGGGCUGUACUCUGAGUUUUAUGGAGAAUAUUCGCCACUGUUUGACACCGGGAACGAGUCCGACGUGAGCCUCAGAGGGGACGCUGAUGAGCCCGCGGAGCAGGAAGAGAGUGGCCUGCCGGAAGGGCGGGGGCGGUACAGGCUGGAGGGGUGGAGCCUGAAGGUGGCACAGUUUCAUGGUUUGAUGGUGAAGCGGUUUCACUGCGCCAAACGAAACACCAAACUGCUGUUCUCUCAGAUCCUGCUGCCCGCCUGCUUCGUCUGCGUCGCCAUGACCGUCGCCCUGUCCGUGCCCCGCAUCGGAGACCUGCCACCUUUGGUCCUGUCUCCCUCUCAGUAUCACAACUACACCCAGCCCCGAGGAAACUUCAUCCCCUUUGCCAACGAGGACCGUCCCCAGUACAGGAGCUCCCAGUCACCUGACGCUAGUCCUGCAGCGAUCGUGCACACGCUGCGCCUGCCGUCGGGGGUGGGUGCGACGUGCGUGCUGCGGGCGCCACACAACGGCACCCUGGAUGCUCUGGCCCUGUCUCUGUCCUUGUCGCUGUCCCUGUCGCCAUCUCUGCCGAGUUUUAAGGCGGCGGCCGUUCAAUGCUUCGAUCGCAUGUGUUUGGACUCUCUCACUCCUGGUGCACCGCUUUCAAACUUUGUCCCGCCCCCUCCCUCCCCCGCGCCCUCUGACCCCGACCCACGAUUUGACGACUCACUCUGGAACUUCACCGUGGCUCCGCCCACCACCGUUCAUGUGACCUCUGUGCCGGCGCUGCCUCUCUCAGUACAUGAGCCAGUUCGCUGUGUUUGUUCGAUGACGGGCACAGGCUUCUCCUGCCCCAGCGGCGUGGGAGGGCAUCCGCCCCUGGCCAAAGUGGUGACGGGCGACAUCCUGGUGGACAUCACUGGGAGGAACGUGUCCGAGUAUCUGCUUUAUACGUCUGACCGGCUGAGACUGCACAGAUACGGGGGUCUGACUGUUGGGAACAUUCAGAAGUCGGUUCCGGCCUCGUUUGGAUCCAGAGUUCCUCCGAUGGUCCGGAAGAUCGCGGUGAGACGAGCGGCUCAGGUGCUGUACAAUAACAAAGGCUACCACAGCAUGCCUACAUAUCUGAACGUGCUCAACAACGCCAUCCUCAGGGCAAACCUGCCGCCGUCCAGAGGCAACCCGGCCGCCUACGGCAUCACUCUGACGAACCAUCCGAUGAACCGGACCAGCGCCAGUCUGUCACUGGACUACCUGCUGCAGGGCACAGACGUGGUCAUUGCCAUCUUCAUCAUCGUGGCCAUGUCCUUCGUCCCCGCCUCCUUCGUCGUUUUCCUUGUCUCUGAGAAAUCCUCCAAAGCCAAACACCUGCAGUUUGUCAGCGGCUGCGAUCCCGUCAUCUACUGGCUCUCCAACUACGUGUGGGACAUGUUGAACUACCUGGUCCCUGCCACUUGCUGUGUGUUCAUCCUGUUCGUGUUCGACCUCCCGGCCUACACUUCCCACACCAACUUCCCUGCCGUGCUCGCGCUGUUCCUGCUCUACGGCUGGUCCAUCACUCCGAUCAUGUACCCGGCGUCGUUCUGGUUCGAGGUCCCGAGCACGGCUUACGUCUUCCUUAUCGUCAUCAACCUCUUCAUCGGCAUCACCGCCACCGUCGCCACCUUCCUCCUGCAACUGUUUGAACACGACAAGGACCUGAAGAGGGUCAACUCUUACCUCAAGUCCUGCUUCCUGAUCUUCCCAAACUACAACCUGGGCCACGGCCUCAUGGAGAUGGCCUACAACGAGUACCUGAACGAGUACUACGCCAAGAUUGGUCAGUUUGAUAAGGUCAAGUCUCCGUUCCAGUGGGACAUUGUGACACGGGGGCUCGUUGCCAUGACGAUCGAAGGUUUCGUGGGGUUCUUCAUCACCCUCCUCUGUCAAUACAACUUCCUCCGCAAACCUCCGCGUGUUCCUGUGGUCGUUCAGCCCAUAGACGAUGAUGAUGAAGAUGUUGCAUGUGAGAGGAGGAGGGUGCUCAGAGGAGACGCCGACCAAGACGUUCUGAAGAUACAGAACCUUACCAAGGUGUAUAAGUCCCGUAAAAUGGGCCGGAUCCUAGCUGUGGACCGCCUGUGCCUCGGUGUUCGUCCGGGGGAAUGCUUCGGACUUUUGGGAGUGAAUGGAGCCGGAAAAACGUCUACCUUCAAAAUGCUGACGGGAGACGAGAGCACGAGCGGAGGAGAGGCCUACAUCUGCGGAAACAGUGUGCUGAGGGAGCUGUUGAAGGUGCAGCUCACUGUAGGAUACUGUCCUCAGUUUGAUGCUUUGUUUGACGACCUCACAGCCCGAGAGCAUCUGCAGCUCUACACACGCCUGAGGGGGGCGCCAUGGAGCGACCAGGCCAGGGUGGUGCAGUGGGCUCUGGAGAAGCUGGAUCUGUGUAAAUAUGCAGACGAGCCAGCGGCGACCUACAGCGGCGGCAACAAACGCAAACUGUCCACCGCCAUCGCCCUCAUCGGCUUUCCUCCCCUCAUCUUCCUUGACGAGCCCACCUCUGGGAUGGAUCCUAAAGCUCGCAGGUUUCUCUGGAACCUCAUCCUCGACAUCAUCAAAACGGGACGCUCAGUGGUGCUGACGUCACACAGUAUGGAGGAGUGUGAGGCCCUCUGUACACGGCUUGGCAUCAUGGUCAACGGACGCCUCAAGUGUCUCGGCAGCAUUCAGCACCUCAAGAACAGGUUUGGAGACGGGUACAUGAUCACAGUCAGGACCAAAUCCAGCUCCAAUGUGAAAGAAGUGGUUCGGUUCUUCAGCAGGAACUUCCCCGAGGCGCUGCUCAAGGAGCAGCACCACACCAAAGUCCAGUUCCAGCUGAAGUCCGAGCGCUUGUCUCUAGCUCAGGUUUUCAGUAAAAUGCAAAGAGUUGUGGAUCUGCUCGGCAUCCAGGACUAUUCAGUGAGCCAGACCACCCUGGACAACGUGUUUGUGAACUUUGCAAAGCAGCAGAGUGAUAAUCUGGAGCAGGAGGAGGUGGCGCCCCCCGGUGGAGGACAGUCUCCUCUGCAGUGGCUCCGCAGUCUGCUAAAGUCUCGCUCGGUCCAGACUGAACUGUCACCUCUGAUCAACGACGCCCCUGAAGAGCUCAGCGAUGAUGAACGCCUCAUCAGCUUCGAGGAGGAGCGGGUGCAGUUGUCGUUUAACACAGACACUUUGUGCUGAGGAGAAAAAGACUCUGAUCUGCACAAAACAGAACCAACCAAAAGAGGCCGUGAUGUCACCAGCCAAUCACACGAGCCGCUCCUGUCUCCACCACAGAUUGUAUAUAUAAAUGGACAGAGCUAACCUGCUAGCAGCGGUGUUCCAAACAGGAAGUGAUCAUGGGUGCACUUCCAGCUCCAUCAACUCUGGCUCCAAUUCACUUUCUAUUUAAAAACUGUGUCCCCUCUCUCUGUACCUGCUGCUGUCAGACUCAUCAUUUUGGUCUUAAAUGUUCGUAUUAACCCGCUCUACAUGAUCCUGGGGUUUUUAUUUCACUAUUUUGUCUCAAAAUCAAUGAUCGCUCCCGCUAGUGUUAGCAACAUGGAUGACUGACAGUGUUGCUAAGCGCCUGCUUUCUGCUAAACCAGUGGUGCGGGCGAAAAGGGGCCUUACCUUCAAAAGCCUGGAUUCUGAAUGGCUCUUUGUUUGCUAUGAUACUCGCAGUCAGAAUUAAAAAUAUUAAACUGUGCUCCAGAUUAGCCGCUAUAACUGCUAGCCUCGAUGAGCUUCAGUUGGAGCUGGUGACAUCACACUCACUCAGCUUCUUCUUUACACAGUCUUUGGUCUCCGUCCACACUCCAGAAUGAAACCUUUCCCUCAGUGUGUGCUUUUCAGACUGUAGAAUGUGAUGAUGUCAUACUCCAGAUGGGGUCAGGGGUCACGCACAGUUCUCUUGAUUACACUGGACUUUACCAUGAAAUAUUCAAAAGAUAAACUCACAAAUAAUGAAACUGAUCAUUUCUAUCAGAGACUAACGGCAAGAACUCACUGUGUUACAACAGCAACAGCAACAACAACAACAAGUAACAACAACUGCAACAACAACAGCAGCAAUGACAGCACCAACACUAACCAUGAUGACAACACAAAUCAACAAAACUCACUUUAUCUGCUCCAUCUGUGUUAAAUGAUUGGUCUAUAGAAUGUUAUGUCAUCUGAAACAGCGACAAAUCAAACAAACUGACAGAUCCCAUCGAACAGCUCAAUCUCCAAAACGAAGCCUAAAAAGUGUCCACACCUCACCAACAGUUUAAAGAGGGGGUAUUCUUUUAGCUUUCCCCUGUGUUCUAACAGACUAAACCAGGACUAAGCCAGGACUAAACCAGGACUAAACCAGGACUAAACCAGGACUAAACCAGGACUAAACCAGGACUGAACCAGAACUGAACCAGGAAUAAACCAUGUCUAAACCAGGUCAAAACCAGGACCAAACCAGGUCUAAACCAGGGCUGAACAGGACUAAACCAAGACUAAACCAGGUCUAGACCAGGACUAAGAGGGGGUAUUCGUUUAGCUUUCCCCUGUGUUCUAACAGACUAAACCAGGACUAAACCAGGACUGAACCAGAACUAAACCAGGACUAAACCAAGACUGAACCAGAACUGAACCAGGACUAAAUCAGGACUAAACCACAUCUAGACCAGGACUAAGAGGGGGUAUUCUUUGAGCUCUGUCCCAUGUUCUGACACCGUUCUCUCAUUAAAAACAUGCCUUUAGGGGUUUUAGAUGUCAUUCAUGCAUGUUUGAGUAAUCUAGGGAUCUGUCCUGGACCCUGUUC